UCUUUGCCAAUCAAUUAUAAUAACCAAUCGUGAGAUUAAUCUACGUAAUCGCUUUUUUCAAUUGGCUCAAAACGCAUUCCAUAGGUCCUACUAUGUUAGCCACUAUCCGCUGUACAUGUCCGUCGUGUUGACAAGGUGGAAAAAUUGAGAAAGUUAUUCUACAAGCGCAAGUCCGAUGACUGGUUGGUGAUGAUGAUGUUGGCACGUGUGCCAGUGUGCCCUUGAAACGCACCGACAAGAAUGAGCAAAGAGUAUGCAAGGAUGGAAAUGGACCUGGCUUUUGGAUCAGUGAAGCCUUAUGGGUCCUCGAGAAGUAUUGUGAGGAGAAUUGGUACAAGUCUCCCGAUUAUACCCUGUCCCAGGGUACAUUUUCAGCUUUAUCCAUACCAUGAUGAAGCUGGUGUCUUGAUUGGCAGCAGGAGGCAGAACUGCCUGGUGGCCACUCUGGCUGAUGUCGCAUGGAUUGACAGAGAUGAGGACGAUGAAGACGACUACUUUGGCAGGCCGAGGUUGGGGAUCCCACCAGGACUCAUGUUUCGAGCCCAGCGGCCCCACCCUCGCAGAAGUCUCCUAAACCGCCAGAACUCUCUACCCAGUAUGCAUCAUGGAGCUUUGGAUUCACAGGUGUCAGCUGCUGCCAACGAUGAAGCCAUUCAGAAGAUCAGUGCGCUGGAGACUGAGCUUGCAAAACUCAGAGCUCAAAUUGCACAAAUUGUUCUGGCUCAAGAAAAGAGUGCACAGCCAGGGGCACCUCCUCCCCCUCUACCCUGUGGCAACCUGCCACCUCCCCCACCACCUCCACCACCUCCCCCUCUUCCACCCCCACCCGCAAGUCUGCAGCGGACAUUUUCGGCCAUUGAACUAAUAAAAGAGCGUAGAGGGAAGAAGACAUGCGGCCAGACAGUUUUGGAGUCGAGACCUGCCGAAAUCCCCAACAUGCUCGAUGUCCUAAAGGACAUGAACAAAGUCAAGCUGCGAUCAGUGAAAAGUCGUCUGGUAGAAGAUGAUGCCAAAACGAAGUCCAAGGAGCCGGCAGAUGCUGCAGCUCUCAUCGCCGAAGCCUUGAAGCGCAAGUUUGCUCAUCGUCAUCGAAACGACAGUGAUCGAGAUGACAUGGAAGAAUUCAGACUUCCUGUCGUAGAAGCGAAGCCUCAAAAAGAAACCAUUCUGUUUGGGCAGCACAUGUUGAAAGCAACUGGAAAAAGAAAGUUGGUCUGAACAGACAAUGUAAGCUUAAGGUCCAGAUGUUCUGUGGAUACAUUGAAAUUCCUUUUAAUCUAAUCUGUUUCUUUGGAAGGACAAGGGAUUUUUGCCCAAAUAAGACCAAGUCUCACCAGUCAUCCUGACUGAUUUUGCACUUUCCUAACUUAUAUUAACCUCUUUCUUUUAAAGACGUUUUAUUGUAAUUUUUUUUGUUGUCAUUGAACUGAAGGUCUUAAUUUCUGUGUUCAGUCUCGAGUGAAAGUUAAUUUUAUUAUUGAAACUUUGGGUUUUGUUAAACCUGUGUGCAGCAGGGCUGAUCAGCUUCCUAUUUUUUAAGACUGCAUAAAAGCUGAAGAGUUCAUAGGAAAGGAAGAUUUUCUGGAAUGUGAACUUUGUCUGACGUUUAGACUACUUUAUGAUUAGGAUCUGUUUAUGUUUUGGUUUAAGUGAAUAAUUUAGUUUUUAACACUUAAUUAUGGCUUAGAUUCGUCUCACUGUAAUUUAAUGUGUUAUCAGUCAGGUUUCAGUGACGCUGGAUAAUAUUUCAUCUUCUUCCUGAGUUGCCAGUUUUGCCUUAAGCUGGUUCACAGUUAUGCAUAUGUUUUUCUGUCCGAGUCGCCUUUAAGAACCAAAGUUGUUUCAUUGAAGCCCUUCAGGAUUUCACCUUUCGAUACCAAAUUUUGCAUUUCAUGUCCCUUUUUUUUUGUCUUUUUGAAAUUAAUUUAAUAUCUAAUAUUGAGAAACUGUAACUGCUGCAGGAUACUUAACGGUACUGGGACACAUGCAGCGUUUUGUUUCUACCUCUGCUGAGAAACACUCUCCUAGAUUCAAAGUUCAGCAACAACACUAAAGAAACACUACGCUGUCAUGAUACUGUGAAGCUCUGUAUUGACAGCAUGUUUUAACAAACGUACCCAAAGUCAUUAGUAUUGCAUAAAUCCUGCUUUCGUGUAGAGGUUCAUCACAUUUCUAAGUCUGGAUUGUAUUCAGAGGCAUUUGAGGUUUUUAGGAAGUGUUUUGUUUAAUUAAGGAAUGCACAUUGUUACUAUUUGUGAUUAUUAUGUAUGCCAUGUAAUUGCUGCUGAACAUCAGCUGGAUUAUCUUUCAUGUGGGGAAAGUGAAGUGGAUACAUCAGUAGUAAUUGUUUUUGUUGAAGCUGUCUUACAUAAAAAUUAAUUUAUCAAACUAAUAAAUAAAGGUUUGUCUAUCCUGA